AUGGGCACAGCAAUCGGCUGUGUCCUUGUCAUCAUUGGAUUCAUCAUCCAAGCGCUACCACAAGCCAGCAACCCCAACGCGAUGUUCCUCGCGGGCAGGUUCAUUAUGGAAAUGGGCAGCAACAUCUUCAACAAAACCUGUCCACUCCUGAUCACCAAGGCCUCCCACCCACGACACAUAGGUCGGGUAACGACCAUUUACAACACCCUUUGGUACAUGGGCUCCAUCUUUGCUGCUUGGACCACAUACGGUACGCUCACACACAUCACCUCGGACCUGUCCUGGAGACUGCCCAUUGGACUCCAGUGUGCCAUGCCAGACAUUCAGCUGCUCUUCGUAUAA